GCACGGAUGUGGCAACGCUGCCAACAGCUGAGCGAUGUAUUUGUAUUUUGUUGGGGGAAUUGUAAAACUGCAAAAAACGGAAACAAUGUAAAUUCAAUUGAAAAACAAUAAAUGGCAGCCACAACAUGAUACCCUGGAUGCGCGAGAAGUUCAACGAGAAGCGCGCAAAGUGGCUGGCGCGCAACAAGCAACGCGGCACUGAUACGGAAACAGAGACCAAUUCCACUCACAGCGCCCGCAACAGUAGCGCUGCUCCAACCACAGCAAGCAGCGGCAGCGAUGCCGAGAGCAAUCUUAGUCUGGGCAGCGGCGCCUCUGGCUCCAUGGUGCAAGUGCAUACCACCGAAAUGGAAACGCAGACAGACGGCGGCGUCAUCGGUGGUGGAAAUUGCGUGUUGCGAACUCCAUCGCCGGCAAGGAGGCGACGCAUCCAGUUGGAGUUGCAGCUGCAGCAGGAAUCGAUGGGGAAGGCAGAGCAGGCGAAUGCGUAAG